AUGGCUGAACCACCUCAGCUAGAUCCUAUUAGAGAGCACGAUGGAUCUUCGUCUCAUCUGCCUGAAGAUCUGAGCGCUGCUAAUGCGUACGCUAAUGAGGUCCUCAACAGUGUUAUUCGCUACGAGCCCCGAUCGGAGACUCCUAUCGUAGUACGCGACAGGCGACGCGAAUCUUACGCCUCCCACGUCUCCAUUGACUACUUUGAUCCUGCUGGUGUUGAUGAACUUCGACGAUCGUUGAGUCUCGCGUCGAAUUCGAUUCACCAAACUGAGGACAAAGAACGGCCCAAGUCUCCGGUACCGUCAAUUGCGAACUCGGAGGCCACACUUGCACCAGGCGAAGGACCAUUCGACUUUGGAAAGUCUCUCAGACAGAUUAUCAAGAAGAGGGACAAGAGUCAAAUUCAAGGACGGGAACUUGGUGUCCUCUUUAAAGACCUCAGGGUUGUCGGCCUAGGAAGUGCGGCCAGUUAUCAACCAACGCUCGGCUCCCUCUUCGACCCAAGAGUUUUCCUUGAAAAGUUCAGAGCAUUUCGCAAUCCACCACUCCGUAACCUUCUCGAAGGAUUCGAGGGCGUUGUCCGUCCUGGCGAAAUGCUUCUUGUCCUUGGUAGCCCUGGGUCCGGGUGUAGUACCCUCCUCAAAACACUUGCCAACCAGCGUGCAGAAUAUCAUUCUGUUCAUGGGGAGGUCCACUACGACUCAUUCUCUCCAGAAGAAAUCGAGAAGCAUUACCGAGGAGAUGUCAUCUACUGCCCCGAAGAUGACAUUCACUUCCCAACUCUUUCUGUCGACGACACUCUUUGCUUCGCCGCUAGAAUGCGUGCUCCACAUGUGCGCCUCAGCGAUCACUCGCGUGAGCAAUAUAUUCGUGGCAUGGUCGACGUCUUGGAGACGAUCUUUGGUCUGCGGCAUGUCAAGAAGACUCCAGUAGGAGAUGCUUCGUUGCGUGGCGUUUCGGGAGGAGAGAAGAAGCGUGUCUCGAUUGCUGAGACGAUGGCGCUGCGGUCGCUGAUAAACUCAUGGGACAACUCCACAAGAGGAUUGGACGCAUCAACAGCACUAGAGUUCGUUCGGGCUUUGCGCAUCGCUACGGAUGUUGCUCGCGUUUCGACGAUUGUUUCUAUCUAUCAAGCAGGUGAACAAUUGUACGAUCACUUCGACAAGGUCUGCGUCAUCUAUGAAGGUCGCAUGACAUACUAUGGGGCAGCUUCCAGAGCUCGCGAGUACUUCAUUGACCUUGGCUUCGAACCUGCUCCGAGACAGACGACAGCCGACUUUCUCGUUGCUGUCACGGAUCCGAAUGGUCGAACCGUUCGCUACGGCUUCGAAUCCACAGCCCCUCGCACCGCCACGGAAUUUGCAGAGCGUUUCCUUCUGUCAGAUGUAGGAGAGUCCAACCGCGCCGAUAUGACGGCUUUCCGUGCCGAAUUCGUGGGCAACCCGCAGCGAGUGGAGCAAUACAAGAACAGUGCCUACGCUGAACACGCGACCACACAGAGCAAGAAGAGUCCAUACACGAUUUCGACUUUCAUGCAAGCGAAAGCUGUUGCAAACCGGAGAUUCCUUAUCAUCAAGGGAGCGUUGGCCAAGCAAGUUGUUUCAACGGUUAUCUUCAUUAUACAAGCCAUCAUCGUCGGUACCGUCUUCCUUAAAUCUCCACAAACAACGGCUGCAUAUUUCUCUCGUGGGGGUGUCAUUUUCUUCGCUUUACUCUUCGCUGCUCUAUCGUCCAUGGCCGAGAUUCCUGCUUUAUUCGCUCAGCGCCCCAUUGUAAUCAAGCACUAUAAGGCCGCGAUGUAUCAUCCGUUCAUAGAAGCUGCAGCACUGACACUUGUGGACAUCCCUAUCACUUUCUUCACUCUCGUGUUUUUCAGCAUCAUCCUUUACUUUCUGGUCGGCCUUCAACGUACCCCGGCACAAUUUUUCACAUUCUUCUUGUACAUCCUCACGAUGAGCUUGACAAUGAAGGCCUGGUUCCGUGCCGUUGCCGCUGGAUUUGGUGAUCCUGCUCCUGCUCAGAGUGUGGCUGGUAUUUUGCUCCUCGCUCUCACACUCUACACCGGCUACGCUAUACCCAAACCGACCAUGAUCGGUGCCCUUCGAUGGAUAACGUAUAUCAACCCCUUGAGGUGGGGUUUCGAGGGCAUCCUGUCGAACGAGUUUCAUACUCUCAAUGGCCAAUGCUCCACACUUGUGCCCAGCGGCCCAGGCUACGAAAACGUUACGAUUGCAAAUCAAGUCUGUACUACGAUCGGCUCAGUCCAAGGCUCCGCCACCGUGAACGGUAAUGCCUACCUCUCAGCCUCCUAUGGCUACUCGUACAGUAACAUUUGGAGGAACUAUGCUAUCACUAUCUCGUUCGGCAUAGCGUUCGUCAUAUGCCUUCUCUUCUUUACCGAAUGGAAUACUACGACGUCGACCGAGACAACCUCCAUGCGAUUCAAACGCGGCGCCACCACUCCACCUCAGACGCACGAUCUAGCCGACGAAGAGAAAGGUCCUAGCUCGUCGGAGAAGGCGGCCUCUGGUCACGAUGACAUCGAAGAGAUACCACUGGACACCCCAGCGAUGAAGGACGUUUUUACCUGGCAGCAUCUGGACUACACCGUCCCUGUCGGUGGCGGGCAAAUGCGUCGUCUGUUAGACGAUGUCUCUGGUUAUGUGGCGCCUGGCAAACUCACCGCGCUCAUGGGCGAAUCUGGCGCUGGAAAGACAACCCUCCUCAAUGUCCUCGCCCAGCGUCAGACGUCCGGAGUAGUGACCGGUGAGAGGUUAGUAAACGGACAGGCUCUUCCGGCAGAUUUUCAAGCACAGACCGGCUAUUGCCAGCAGAUGGACACGCACCUGCCAACUACCACAGUCCGUGAGGCCCUACUGUUCUCGGCCAAGCUCCGGCAGCCUGCGAGUGUUUCUGAUCAGGAAAAGGAAGCCUACGUUGAGACGGUUCUGAAGAUGUGCGGCCUGGAAAAGUUUGCCGAUGCCAUUGUCGGUUCCUUGGGUGUCGAACAUAAGAAGCGUACCACUAUUGGAGUCGAGCUUGCCGCGAAACCGAAGCUUCUCCUCUUCUUGGACGAACCGACGUCGGGUUUGGACUCUCAGAGUGCUUGGGCAAUCAUGAGGUUCCUUCGAAGUCUGGCGGAUCGUGGUCAGGCGAUUCUUUGCACAAUCCAUCAACCCUCGUCAGAGCUAUUCCAGGUGUUCGACAGACUUUUGCUCCUCAAGAAGGGCGGACAGACGGUUUACUUCGGUGAUUUGGGACCUAACGCGAUGACACUGCUCAACUACUUUGAGAAGAACGGCGGCUAUCCUUGUUCUCCUCAGGCGAACCCGGCUGAGUACAUUCUGGACGUCAUUGGUGCCGGAGCCACUGCGACGACAGACAUCGACUGGCACAGUGCAUGGAAGAACUCGGACCAAGCCCGCAUCAUCGACAAGGAGCUAGAGAAUAUCCUCGCUGAGGGUCGUGCUCGUCCUCCGGUCACGACCGAGCUGCACACCGAGUUCACUACAAGUUGGCCGUACCAAGUCUCCACAUUGUUGAGGCGCGAUCUGCAGCGUCACUGGCGCGACCCACAGUACCUGGUAUCGAAGAUAGCACUCAACAUUGUCGCCGGACUAUUCAUUGGGUUCACAUUCUGGAAGGCAAAUAAUUCGAUCCAGGGCACACAGAACAGACUCUUCGCAUGCUUCAUGGGCAUGAUCUUAUGUGCUGCACUCGCUAAUCAGAUUCAAGUACCCUUCAUCGCCACACGAAAUAUUUAUGAGGUUCGGGAGCGUCCUAGUCGCAUGUAUAGUUGGACGGCACUAUUAGCCUCCCAAUUGCUCUCCGAACUCCCGUGGAAUAUUCUGGGCUCAAGCUUGUAUUUCCUGUGCUGGUUCUGGACCGUUGGUUUCGCCUCCGACCGUGGCGGAUUUACCUACCUCAUGAUAGGCAUCGUUUUCCCAUUAUUCUACCAAACGUUCGGAAUGUGGGUGGCAUCCAUGGCGCCUAGUGCCGAGGUCGCUGCCCUCCUCUUCAGUUUCUUGUUCUCGUUUACCAUCAACUUCAACGGUAUCGUCCAGCCAUACGCUCACCUUGGGUGGUGGAAGUGGAUGUAUCGUACGUCGCCACUUACGUACUUCGUUAGCGCUGUUGUCGGUCAAGCUGUGGGCCAAUACUCGGUUGUCUGCAAGGACAAAGAAUUGGUGCACCUCACCCCUCCGUCGGGCCAGACCUGUGGGGACUACCUGAGCUCGUACAUCAACGCCUCCGGCGGCUACAUCACCGAUCCCAGUGCUACCGACACUUGUAGCUACUGCUCCUCCGCGACAACGGACGAAUUCCUCGCCAAUAAUUUCAACAUCUUCUACUCGCAACGUUGGCGCAAUUUUGGCCUUAUGUGGGCCUAUAUCUUUUUCAAUAUUGCCGCUAUCUAUGGUUUGACGUGGUUCUUCCGUAUCCGAACCGGGAGUAUUCUUGGUUCUCUGAGACGUUUGGGGGCUGGAAAGACAAAGUCUGCUUGAGGGAGCUUGAGGGGGCUUGCGCGAUGGACAUUUACGAUUUUUGAGGUCACGAAUGGCUCAUGAAUACUUAUAUCUUAUAUCUACCUCGCUGGUGUUGAGAUAGCUCGCCCGGUUACUGUCUUGUUAUAUCUUACUCUGCUACCCACGUUUUUCC